AUGGGACUGGCACUGGCACCCGUACCGUACGCAAAGCCAAGCAUGAAGGCUGAUCAAAGCAAUGCAGCAGUCUCGUCCCACUCGUCGGCUGAAGCUGGAGCAAUGUCCAAGCCAGUGCCUUCUGCGGCGGCCUUUGGGGCCAGCCUGCUCAACCAUGCGCGCUCCGGGCAGAGUCACCCCAACCCAGCAGGCGUGACAGCGAAACCUGAUCAUGGCAAGCUCAAGCGACCGAGCUUCAUCGCCGAGGCGAGUCAAAGAGAGCCAGCAAACCGAGGAGACGUCUAUGCAAUCCAACACAGCCCAGAGAAGCAAGCCCUUCAUGUCCAGGACAAGGCCGACCACGACCAAAAGGCUCAACCCUACCAUUCUUCUCCUGCUGACGCUCAGUUUGAAGCUACAGCUAAAAUACCGCCUUCCUCAUCGCCUGCGAUCGUUGCAACAGGUCAAAGUCGCGUCAUUCGCCAAUCAACAAAACAGGGGAAAAUGCAACUACAACCGACUACGAAGCCUCGGGCGACCAACAAUUCCGUUGCAGCUGUAGAGCGUUCUCCAAAGAUCAAGGUACAUGAUACCUGCGAAAGUAGAGCAGUCAACGCAUACCCAGUCAGAAGAAGCGAACCUCAGGUACGGAUCCCCCUCAGGAAGCGUAGGGUGCCUGAGACCAUAGAGACAGAUGCGGUAGCGCCAACUCAUUCAGCCGAGACGGGCGACCAAUCCCAAGAUGAAGGCUAUAGGACAACCCAAUUGAAAGCUCGAUCCGACUCCACGAGGAAGCGGAAAGUAAACUUUGCUUCAGAAGUAUCCACAAAUGACCUCAUUAGCAGUGCGCCCAACCCAGUGGAAACCCUGUCCGCCGAGGAGAGCAAAAAACCUACCAGCAAAGGCAAGGUCCAGCAUUACGCUCCUGGUACAACUGUCACCAUUGAAAAUGUUUUCGCGUUUCUUGACAGGGAACGGCGCUCAGGCGCAUGUCGAAUUGGCUAUGGGAACACAAUCAAGCGGAUAUACGAUGACUAUUAUACUGCCCUUAUGCAGGAUGAGAGCACCCUCGAUACUGUUAGAGAGGCUACUGAUGCUAUUCGACAAGUUAUUGAGGAAAUGCGUUCGGAAGUGCAGCAAGAUGCUCGAUUCGCUAUCAAUGUUGACGCGUAUGCCCACCUUUUCCGCGAAUUGGUCCUCCAUCUUAAAAUCACAUACGAAUGGUUAUGUGCCAGGGAAAUCAUCAUCACAGACUCUUUAGAUGCCAUGCGCAUUGUUACCCCUUUCAUGCUUGACAUGCUAUCACUCAUAGAUGCAAUGGUACAGUGGAGUGUCUCAGUACCUCGGCGGUCCCACCGUGGUCGAGCUAUCAAGGAGGUCGACUCCCAUUUGGCUGCUCCCCUUCACACAGUUUGCGAAGCACACAUUACUCGGCUAAAGCAGCUAGAAGCCGUUGAGGAGCGUUACCAAGAGAUCCGGAAUAUUCAUCGACAGCAAAGAGAACUGGCAGAGGAAAGACAAAGAGAAGAGGCAGAGGAAAGGCAAAGAGAACUGGACGCGUUGGCCCGUAAACAAAAACGACAUCGGCGUUGGCAGGACUUACAUAUUGCACGUAUGCAAUGUGAGCCCGACCCGUUUAGGAGGCGGCAGCUGGCCAUUACGCCGCUUGAGGACUUAGAGGAGAGGGAUGCGAACGGUGUCAAGUUUGAUCGACUUCGUGUCUUCAAACAACGAUCUUCACCGUCAUUCCACCAGGCAGCAAUUCAUUCAUCGCAGCGUUUGUGGACUGAUGAUCAGGCGAUUGCACUGUUGGAAACUGUGCAACGCCAUGCAGGUCCAACGCUUUAUGAGAAGAUUUUUCAAUCCCAGUGCCGCCCGGGUGGCAUGCUACGUGACUUCACUGUUGCCGAUAUUGUGGCCAAAGUAUCGUGGAUACGUUCGUCGUGGCGUAAACUACACCAAGAGAAGGGGUGGGAAGCUCCUGAAUGGGUAGCAGUUCUGCCUGGGUCACCUUAG